CCGGGAGGCGGAGCGGAAGCUGAGUGCGAGGGACGAGCGGAGUAGGAUUUCGGCUGUCUGGGGACCAACCUCGUCCUGACUUCCAACCCCCGGCUUGUCUCCAUCUCGACCUGGAGGCUGCUGCGCGAGUGCGGAACGCAGCUGACACUCGCUAACCGGCUUUCGCCUCGCCGCCCCGGCUCAGGAGCCCAGUGGCGGCGGCGACCGUAACGAGAAGCUCACAGGCAAGCUCAGUUCUGUUCUACUUUGGGAGAGAGAGAAAGUCAAAUGCCCCUUUUUAACUCCUUCGGAGCUCAUCUCCUGGGUGACUGAGUUAACAGAGUGGAGGCAACGUUGCUGAAGAUGGAGAAUAUAAAAUAUUAAAGGAAACUUUUUUUCCUUUUUUCCUCAAAGUCUUGAUUGUUUGGUGGCUUGUCUGCAGUUACCACUUUUAAAUCAAAUCUGUUUGCCUCAUCAGAAAUGUUUUUUACAAUCUCAAGAAAAAAUAUGUCCCAGAAACUGAGUUUACUGUUGCUUGUAUUUGGACUCAUUUGGGGAUUGAUGUUACUGCACUAUACUUUUCAGCAACCAAGACAUCAAAGCAGUGUCAAGUUACGUGAACAAAUACUAGAUUUAAGCAAAAGAUAUGUUAAAGCUCUAGCAGAGGAAAAUAAGAACACGGUGGAUGUCGAGAAUGGUGCUUCUAUGGCAGGAUAUGCGGAUCUAAAAAGAACAAUUGCUGUCCUUUUGGAUGACAUUUUGCAACGCUUGGGAAAGCUGGAGAACAAAGUUGACUACAUUGUUGUGAAUGGCUCAGCGACCAACACUACCAAUGGUACUAGUGGGAAUUUGGUGCCAGUCACCACAAAUAAAAGGAUAAAUGUGUCAGGCAGCAUUAGAUAGCAGUUGAAGAUCACCUUGUGCUGCUACAUCCACUGUGGAUAAUAUCCUAUGGCAGAAAAGCUUUUUAAUCACUGGCUAGGAGAGAGUGAUAUUUUACAAUAAAAGCUCUACAUGUUUUCAAGGAGUAUGCAGGAUUCAUGGAACUCUUAUUCUGUAUAUACAAUUUUAAAAGUCAUUAGUUUGCUUUCAGGCAAGUCUCUUCAAUGCUGUACUAUAUCCUGAAAGGGAAUUUGUUAACAUGGUUGAUGUAGUAAGCAGGUAGGUGAUCUUUGUAUAAAUCUUUUGUGUUUGAGAUCAAGCUGAAGCAAAAGCACUGAAAGAUAUGGAUUCGUUUCUAUAAAAUAUUUAUUUAAGUAUAUAACAUGUAUUUCAGACAAGUGGAGAAUAUUGUUAUUGAAUCAUUUUGUCAUUUGUUCUCAAUAGAUGUAACUGGUAGACUAAGGCUAUUAGAAAAUGUGCCUACUUCCAGUACUAUAUUUUGUUACUGAGAUUAUGAACAGAGGAAGGAAGUAUAAUGUUGAAAAUAAUGUUUUGAAAUCAUGACCCAAAGAAUGUCUUCAUUUGCACUAUCCUUCAAAUCACUGAAGUUUGAUUAUUGUAUAUUUUUAAAAAAUUAAAUUUGUAAGAGUAUAAUCUUGAAAUGGGUAGCAGUCACUGUGCAUAACUUAUUAAACAUUGGGACAAUUUAAU